AUGCAGAAGUGUGCUGGUCAUGCACCACUGGUGAUGGCAGUUUCGCGGAUCUCCCAAGACACCGCCGACGCUCUUUUGCAAGCUAUUUUAAAGGCCUUCCAUAAACUAGCUUCCAUAGACAGCAGCCACAAUAAUGAUCCUGUUGAAAUAGCUUUCAAGCUCAUAAACUCUUUUAAAUAUUUGCCGAUUUCAGUUCAUCCUGUAGAAGAUUUUGACUCUGAACUGCGAGAGGUGGACAUUUUUUCUCCCCUUUUACAGUCAGCCGUUGCUGCUGCUAAUAAUAGCAAUAUCAUAUGGGACCUUAUAGCGGUGUUAUUUGCAUACAUUUCCAUCCAUAAACAGUUCCAUCCUUUGAUCCUGCACAAUCUGAAGAUAUGGAAGGAUUUUAUGGCAGAUCAUAAUGAAGAAAAUGCGACAUCCACUAAACAGGACGGGGAAUCGAUAAAAUUCGGCGUACUGUCCCUUCUUUCCAUUGUUCAAAAUUUUGAAGAAAUAACGCCAAAUUUAUUUGAGUUUUUAAGGCUCGGUUUGAGAUCUACUUUGCUUAAGAUUUGGGUGCCACAAUGGCAAAGAUAUGAUCCUUCGGCAACGAAUUUAAUUAUUGGUGAUGAAAAAAUUUCUAAUUGGAUAACGACAGAUCACCAGGUAGAUUUCUUUAUCAUCACUUCAUUAGCAUCGACAUCCUCAUUGGAAGUUUUGCCAUCUCCUUAUUUUGUCUAUAAGAUCUCUAAAAGAAUUUCUCACUUCCCAAACUUAGUUGAUCCGAAACUAUAUCGAUCUGCAAUUUCUACAAUAAUGGAAAAUGGCAUUUCAGACAACGGUGGAGAGAGCUCUGGCGACAGCAUUAACUCAAAUGAUUUGUCCUUUUACUUCCAAGUUCUAAUGGAAGUUAUUGACCACCCUGAGUUGAAUUAUUUGCAGGAAAAUCGAUUAAUUUUGUUACUUGACAUUGCAUUAAAUUAUUUAAUCUUGGUUCCUACUCACUGUUUACAUUCAAGCUUUGGUGAAUUGGGAUCUACUCAAAGUUUAGCAUCCACUUUAAAUAUCAUUCAAUUCCUUUUAUCGAAAUUCUUAAUCAACAUGGGCAGUAUUUCACAAUUAAUUAGCCAAUCCAACAAGAAAUGCAUCACUAAUAAUAAUAAUAUCAAUAAUAACAAUGGUAACAACAAUGGUAUUAGUACCACCACUAGUACCACCACCACUACUAACAAUAAUAAUAACAACAGGAAAAUAGACUGGACGCAAUCGUAUCAAACAAGGUACCAAAUUCCAUACUGGUUCGAGGACUUAAUAUUGCCGCCAAUACCACCUAUUUCAAAAUCGCUGUUUACUUUUGACCAGAAUCUAAAUCACGAAUCGGACUCAAUCAUGAUUGUAAAUGAUUUAUUACGCUGUUUGAACUUAACCAUUCUUUUGACAUCUAAACUUCUAAGGGACUAUAAUGACCUGAACAUCAACCCACUAAUUCAAUCUUCUGACGAUAACAGCAGUGAAAACAACCAUGUGGUGAUAGAACAAUACAUGCAGCUCUAUCUCGUUCCAUUAUUCACUUCAUUGUUAUUGACCCAACAAUUAAAAGAUCGAGACCAAGAACAGGGACAAGAAGAACGAGUAAAAGAUGAAGAAAAAAAGGAAAAUGUGAGUCUUAUUGGCUCUUCCUCAGUCAAAAAAUUAUUCUCUCAGUUAAUUUUUUUCAGCUCCUUGAAAUUAUGUGAAAAUUUGAUCAUAAAGGAAAAAAAUUUAGCACUAUACCAUUUAAUCAAAUUUACAACAAAGAUUUCUCUAGAUGACUUGAUUUUACAAAAAAUAUCCAUAAACUUAUUGAACCAUUUAUUUUUCCAUCAAAUCAGGGAUGGAGAUGAUAAUGAUAAUUUGAUCCAAAAGUUAUGUUUAAAGAAUCAACUCUCUUUCCAAGCUUUAAAAGAUUACAUCGCAUUGUGGAAUGACGGCUCUGAAGUUUAUAAUACAUUUUAUAAGGACCUUUUCUGUGAAGAACAACCAAAGAUCAAAUCAAUAAAACUAACAACGUCUGACUUGCUCGAAUUAUUCCCUGAGGAUGUUCAAUUUGUGAUACCUACUCCACCGACUACAAUAACAUCGGUAGCCAUAAGCGAUACUUCCAUACCAUCGCAAUUAGGUCCGCAGAAGAAUAUUGAAAACUUCACUCCCUUAUCGAAGUACGAUGCCUAUUCGUCCACCUCUUUCAUACCGUCCACGUCAAAAAACGGCAAUGCUAACACUAAUAAGCAGCAGCAGCCUCAGAACUCUACUCCAAAUUCUUCGAACAGGUACUUGUUCAAUAAAAGUAGCCUGCUUUCUCAGGAAGGUAACGGUAGCAACAACAAUAGCAGCACACAAGGACCUGGUUCCAUGAAUGAGAGUUAUUCUCUUGACAAUUCAUUUAACACAACCAACACCAAUAUGACGAGGCAACCAACUACGUUGACUAGAGCAACCGAUGCCAUGACAACAGCGCCUACGACACCAACUCCAUACAAGAACACUAGUAGUAGCAACAAUAACAACCUGUGGAUUGAAUCACCAAUGUCAAAUUUCAAAGGUUCUAUUAUCAAUAAAAAUACAAAUAAGAGUAAAAUGGUUAAUACUGGUAAAAAUUACAUUUUAGGAGGCCAUAAUAAAGUUAAAAAUAACAGUAGAGCUCAAUCAAUACAUAUAGAUGACUUUGAAAAUGAUAACAGUUAA